AUGUCGACGACUACCACGACCACCACUCAGGCCCAUCCUUCGUACUCCGUUGCGCUCGAGGGCAAGGACAAGGACACGCUGACCGCCUCAUUCAACUACUGGGGCAGCACUUCGGCGCCUCAAGAGUCGGAGAUCCAACUCAUCUUCACAGGCUCGUCGACCGAGCUGCAGCGCGUGCAAUGUCCCGUCAGCGAUAUGCGCGCGGCGGGCCUGUCGACCUUUAACCUCUCUACGCACGGUUUCCAAGUCCUGCGGCACUCGUCGAACCUGCUGCCGCCGCAGCGCGCCAGCGUCCCGGACUUCCACGACACGGACCUGGUCAACGGCAGCUACUGGCCGGAGCUCGCGUCGAUGCUGAAAACGCAACUAGGCGUCCGCUGCGCCGCGGCCAUCAACACCACCGUCAGGGACAUGGCGCAGAAGGCGCCCGACAACAACAACAAGACUGAUGACGGGUCGUUCGACCCCAAGAACCCGCGGCCGGCAAAGCGGAGCCUGCAGCCCUUCUUCAUCGUGCACGGCGAUUACACGGCAGCCGGGGCACGGGCGCAGAUGCGCGCCGUCGCGCCGACGUUCUUCGCGGACAACCACAAUGAAACCGGCACGACGGAGGCGGAGCGCGAUGCCUUCUUUAACCUGCGCGCCGAGAUCAUCGCCGCCGAAGACGCCGCCAUGCAACGCGAAGGUGUCACCGACCAUUGGGAGUGGAGUGGGAACAAUUACAACGGUCCGCGCUGGUCCAUGCUCAGCGUGUGGCGGGCGCUGGAGCCUGUGCGCCGCGACCCCCUGGCCGUGCUGGACCCGCGCAGCCUGCAGCCCGGCGACGUCGAGACUCCCUACGUCGCCCUCCAGCGUGUGUACAAAGCGCGGCCGGGCUUCGAGCCCGAGUUCCGCAGCGAGAACAUGAUCGCCGUCGCGCCCGAAGACGGCUGCUCCCACCAAUGGUACUACAUCAGCGAGCAGCAACCGGACGAGGUCUAUGCCCUGAAGCUGUUCGACAGCGAGGCGCAUCGCAGUCGCAGUCGCGUCGCGCCGUGGGUCGCCCACAGUGCCUUCGCCCUGCCUGGCCAGGAGGACCAGCCGCUCCGGAGAAGCGUUGAGGUGCGCAUGCUGGUCAUUUGGUAG